UAUUCCCUUUUUGUGUGUGUGAUUAAUUUUUGUUUCGGGAAAGCCCAAAAAUACCCGAAAAAAUAAAAAGAAAAUUGAAGGAAUAAAAAAUCAGGGUUCCUUCUUUACUGAGUUGCUAACUCACUUUGAAUCGGGGGGCGUUUCAAAUGCCUUCAAAUUUUCGUGCUAAAUUGUUGCGGGAAACCCUAGAGAGUACCAAAGUGUUACGCCGUUUGGGCGAUUUGGCGUGCCUUUGAGUUUCGAUUGAUUAUUUAAUCCACUUUCCGAUGGCGCCCGGCCGAAGAAAGGGCACCAGUAAGGCGGCUGCUUCCGCCGCCGCUCGCCGUCAAUGGAAAGUCGGCGAUCUUGUCCUUGCUAAAAUCAAAGGUUUCCCUGCUUGGCCUGCCAUGAUAAGUGAGCCUGAGAAGUGGGGCUAUUCAUCUGAUAGGAAGAAAGUUUUAGUUCACUUUUUUGGAACACAGCAAAUAGCCUUCUGUAAUCCCGCUGAUGUUGAAGCAUUUACUGAAGAGAAGAAACAAUCUCUUUUGAUCAAACGUCAAAGGAAGGAUGCAGAUUUUGUUCGUGCAGUCCAGGAAAUUAUCAACAGUUAUGAGAAUUCAAAGAAGCAGGACCAAGUUAAUAAUUUUAAUUAUGAUGAUAGAGUCAUUGGGGCAAAUUGUGGGAACUCAGUGGACUCAUCUGCAUCAAAGGAUCUAACUGACACUUGUGAGGCGACAUCAAAAUUUCCAUUAGAAACUUCAGAUGAUGUUAUAAAUCAAAAUGAUCCUAUCCUUGCAACUGAGGUUACUCAACCUGAGGCAAAAAUAGAUGGUGUGUGUGAAAAAGAAUCCAUUUCAGAGCAGCCUCCUGAUACAGUGUUGAUUAAAGAAACACCAGCAUUGACUACAUACUCAUCAAGAAAAAGAUCUGAUGGAUUACAAUUUCAAAAAACCAUUGCACAAAAGAAAGCAGCACAAGUUCGAAGGGUAAGAAGCUCAUCAAGGGUGGAACCAUCUAGAUUACAGAACUUUAUGAAGCUAUCUAAUGAUAUUGGGACUGCUUUUGAUAUACCAACAAAUGUGAUCCCGGAUGGAUCCUUGAGGAGGGAUAAACAAUUCAAGAAAUCUGCGGAAGAUUUUGAGAGUGAUGAUGUUGACUCGUCUAUGUUAAUGUCAAAUGGUAGCAUUGAUUAUUAUGGCUCGGAAAUUGCCACUGUUGAUUCAGAUGGUGGUAGUUUGAAUGAAGGCACUGUGGAUUCUAUUUGUAAACCUGAACACUCUGAGAAUGAUCUUGAGUGUUUGGAAGGAGAUGCUGAGUUGAGUAAAGGGCUAGAUUUACCAAUAAAAGCUGUUGUCAUUAAGAAGAAAAGGAAACCAUUUAGAAAAUGGAUGAAUAAUAACCUAACUGAGCUUCCUGUUAGAAUGGGUAAAGAAGAAAAAUUGAAUUUAGGAAUCAAUAAUGCUGGGAAAAAUUUGCUAAAUACAUGCAAAAAUUCUAGCGAUGGAUAUUCCAAAGAUGAUGGAGAUGAGCACCUACCAUUGCUGAAAAGAGCAAGGGUUCGCAUGGGCAAACUGGAAGCUGCUGGUGACUUCAAUUGUUCUUUACCAACUGAAGAAAAACUUGUUAAUGAAGGUGCAGUCAAUUCAUUGGAGCAGAUGAGUCCAUCAUCAAGUUGUCACAACGUUUCUCCAACUGAUAGAGAUUGUUUAAAAUUGAAGGGAGUUUUGGUUAAUAUAUCACCUUCAAAAGGUAACAUUCAAUUUCAAGGAAGCACACCAGAAGGUCCAGAACCUUUGAAAGUUGAGACAAAUCAAUUAGGCUGCUUGGCAGGUGGUGAAGCUGCCUUGCCUCCUUCUAAACGUCUCCAUCGUGCUUUGGAAGCUAUGUCUGCUAAUGCUGCUGAAGAAGAUCAGACAUGUCCUGAACACUCGCUAAAAAUGAAAACACCAGAUGGUCAAUGUCAUGGUUCUCCAAUAAGGAGUGACUCUCAUAUAACAGUUAAGGAAGAAGAAGGCAAAGGGUUGGAGCAAGGUGGCAUGGAUUUGAUUGUUAAUAGUGAUUUCAUUAUCUUUUCCAUUCCAAAUUCAAUGCCUUCGGAGAAACUAGCCAAAUCUUCUUUGGAAUCAGAUAUUUGCAGUCAACCUGCCGAUAGUCCUAACAGUCAAAAGCUUGAACUCGAUAAGGAUGUCUUAGUUAAGUCCAUGAACCAUGUUAGUGAAGAUACUCGUGAAGGCCAAAGUUUAGAAUACUUAUCACCUAAUCCUGACAAAAGCCAGGCUCUCAAUUGUGGUUCUUCAGAUCAGUUGCUUUCGAAGGAUGAUUCUGAUGUUGAACCUGCUGGCUUAAGCAAUUUUAAGACUGAAGAUCCUAAUGAACAGUUAAAUACAUCAGAGCAUAGUGACAUGAGUUUGGAUCCUAUCACAGGAACUGAGAAAGCUUUCAAAAUUUCACCUCAAGAGGGUUCAAAUUUGUUUCAGUGUUCUGCCCAGCAUACCAUUCAUGAGAAAAGUGAGUCAUCAAAGUCUCAAACUGAUGACAACAGCUUAGUGCACAGCAUUUGUGAGGUUCCAGAAGCAUUUCAAACUGACCGAAAGCAGAUGUCAACUAGUUUGAUUCGUGAUGAUAACUCGGACAAGGAUGUUGUAGCUGUCCAGUUAAGUCCAUUUCCAGUUGAUGAAGUAGAUUCUCCUGCUAGAGUGUCUCCUUUCAAUGCUUUGAAUUUCCAUGUUUCCACUUCAGAGAGUGCUAAUAUCAUUCAAAGCAAUGGGUAUUGUAGUCCAAAUGUUCAGUCCCAAUCCAACAAAUCUCUAUCUGUUUCAAUUGCUGACGAUGAAGGUAGAGCCGACUCUGUGGCCUCUGAAAGGCCCAAAUCUGUUAGUAAGUGCAGUAAUUACACCGAAGCACAUUCUGUUUUGUCAUCCUUGGAAAACACUCUUGCGGUUUUAACAAGGACAAAGGAGAGCAUUGCUCGUGCAACACGCAUAGCAAUUGGUUGUGCAAAAUUUGGUGUGUCUGCUAAGGUUGUGGAAAUCAUCGCUCGAAAUUUGGAAAGUGAGUCAAGUUUACACCGAAGGGUGGAUUUGUUCUUUCUCGUGGAUUCUAUUACUCAAUGCUCCUGGAGUUUGAAAGGUCAUGUUGGUGGUGUCUACCUUUCAGCUAUCCAAGCAGCCUUGCCUCGUCUACUCUCUUCUGCAGCUCCACCUGGACCUAUUGCUCAUGAAAACCGUCGGCAGUGCUUAAAGGUUUUGAGACUUUGGCUGGAAAGAAAAAUCCUUCCAGAACCUGUUGUUCGCCACCAUAUAAGAGAACUUGAUUCGUUUGGUGUUUCAUCUUCUGGCGGGCCCUUUUCUCGGCGUACAGCUAGAACAGAGAGACCAUUCGAUGAUCCUGUCAGAGACAUGGAGGGUAUGCUUGUGGAUGAAUAUGGAAGCAAUUCUAGCUUUCAGCUUCCUGGAUUUUGUAUGCCCCGAAUACUGAAGGAUGAGGAUGAGAGAAGUGAUUCUGAUGGAUGUAGUUUUGAGGCUGUCACUCCAGAGCACGAUUCUCGAAUCCCUGAAGAACAAGAGGCAAACCCUACAAUUGAAAAGCGCAGACAUAUUUUGGAAGAUGUUGAUGGUGAACUUGAGAUGGAGGAUGUUGCCCCCUCGGAGAUUGAAAUGAGUUCAGCCACUGCUGCUGCUGGAGUAAAUGCUGCACAAGCUUCAAUACAGCAGGGAGAUCAGCAUUUUUCUUUGUCAUUUGCCCCUCCUUUACCUCAUGAUGUGCCUCCAUCAUCACCACCACCACCACCUCCCAACCCUCCUUUCCCAAUUUCUGAUCACUAUGCAAGCGUUAAUUCAACAAUUCAUACAAGCAUACAUAAUAGGCAAGAUGAUUUGCAAUCCACAGUUCCCUCAUUGGUUGCACCCAGAAUUAAUCCAGCUAUGUGCACCUCUUCAGUUCCUUAUCUCGGACAUGAGUCUAGAGAUCUUCCAGUCCCCAUGCAGGUUUCUGAUUUUAAUACCUCUUUCAACAGUUUCUCUGUACAUCAGAUGAAUAAUAUUCAACAAACUGAUGGUCCGAACUUCCACCACAAUGACUACCCUCCACGACCCCCUCAUCCUCUGCCCUCAAAUCAGUUCCCAUAUGGUAAUUCAGGCCCGCAUAUGAACCUGAUGAGGGAUGCACCACCUCCUCUCUAUUCCAACCGAUACUAUUCACCUAACAUGGAAGGGGGUAACUAUUAUAGUAGCCACGAGAGAAUGCAACCGGCCUCGAAUGAUCCUAGAGACAACUGGAGGUUUCCUCCCCCACCUUUCUGUGGUCCGCAGUAUGCUGCUGAUAAUCCGGAAGCAUAUGGCUACGGUUCAUAUGGUGGGCCCCAGUGUGGGUCAACAAGGUAUCCAAACCAAAGAUGGGGCUUCCAUCCCCCGCCAAUGAAUCACUGUCACAGAAGCUCCUUUCCUGUCGGACCACAUCCAGAAGGUGUAGUACCAGUUGGAUCAAGAGCUCCAAGCUGGCGUCCAAGAUGACACUAAAUAUACGGGGGGUAACUUUUAUUUCUUGUUGGCAUGGGCUCAGCGGGCAGGAUUUUGAAAAGAGCUAUAUGUUUUUUUUUUGUCGGGGAAAUAUAUUGUUUGCGAUGCAAUGAGAGAAGUGAUGAAUGAUAUACGAGUCGGGAGACAGAAGAUCAGCAUGUUGGCAUGGCAACGGUGAUGGCAAUGACAUGCUGGUUUUUGUAAAUGUAUGUAUUCUAUCAUCUUUAUUCUAUCAUCUUUACCGUAAGAUAGAUAUAAGAUAGACAGGGGACAGAGCAGAGGGCUGAGAAGUGUGGACUUUUUGACUCCCUAACUCGGGGGUUAUCAUGUCAUGUCAUGUAUCUGAAAUUUGUAAUUGCGUAAUUUAUUUCGGAAACGCCUUUUAUAGGAAUUAUAGCACCCUUCAAAAUGAGCCCUAUUCUAUAUUUUGGUAGGCUUUUAUAAUAUGUUUUAGAACCCCAUUUUGGUCUGUAAACAGGUAUUUGACUAUGGUGUUGGAUGUUGAUACAGUGGCAGAGAAUAUAAAAUGGAUCUGAUC